AUGUCGCCUGUGGAGGGGGAUAUCUGCACUAAACACCCGUUCGGUGUCGGUAUGCAGGUCGAUGAUAUCCGUAUUUGCGUCGUCAUGGUGGGCCUGCCCGCCCGUGGCAAGAGCUUCAUCGCUCAGAAAGUUGUCCGCUACCUUGACUGGAGAGACAUCCCCGCCAAGGUCUUCAACGUAGGCAAUUACCGUCGUGCCGAUACGCCGCAGCCCACCGCCGAUUUCUUUGAUACGUCCAAUACCGAGGGAGAACGACUGCGUCGGGCCGCGGCCGAGGCAGCCGUCACGGACAUGUUGGAGUGGUUCCACCAAGGCAAGGGAAUCAUUGCCGUUUUGGACGCAACCAACUCCACUAAAGACCGUCGGCGUUGGAUCCAAGAGCGUUGUGCCGCUGACAAUGUCGCGACACUCUUUGUCGAAUCCAAGUGUGACGACGAGUCUUUGAUUAUGCAGAAUGUCAUGGAUGUCAAGACGACCUCGCCAGACUACAAGGGACUUGAUCCGGAGGUAGCGGCCAAGGACUUUCGUGAUCGCAUUCGGAAGUACGAGUUGGUAUACGAAACGAUUGACGAGGACGAGGCGGAUAUGACCUAUGUCAAAUUGAUCAAUGUGGCUUCCCAGACGGUCAUUAACCGUGUGCACGAUUACAUGCAGAGUCGAAUUGUUUACUAUCUUAUGAAUUUGCACAUCAAGCCUCGCUCCAUUUGGCUGUCAAGACACGGCGAAUCCAUGUACAACCUCGAAGGCAAGAUUGGCGGCGAUGCCGACUUGUCUCCACGCGGAGAGGCAUAUGCUCGCUCACUGCCCUCUCUCGUCGAUCAAUCAAUUGAGCCCGGCCAGACGUUGACGGUCUGGACCUCGACGCUUCGCCGAACCAUUCAAACCGCGCGAUAUCUUGUGGACAAGCACGGUCGGCAACUGCCAUGGAAAGCGCUUGACGAGCUGGACUCGGGCGUAUGCGACGGAUUAACGUACGAGGACAUUGAAGCAAAAUACCCUGAAGACUUUAAGGCGCGCGAUGACGACAAGUACAAUUACCGGUAUCGUGGUGGCGAGUCGUAUCGGGAUGUGGUCGUUCGGCUGGAGCCCAUCAUCAUGGAACUCGAGCGGAACGAGGAUAUUCUGAUUGUCACCCAUCAGGCCAUUCUCCGCUGCAUCUACGCCUACUUCAUGAAUGUCCCUCAAGAGAGAUCGCCCUGGAUGGAGGUUCCCUUGCAUACAGUCAUCAAGCUGACUCCUCGCGCCUAUGGUACAAUUGAGGAGAGAUGGAAGGCAGACAUUCCUGCCGUCAGCACAUUUAGAACAAAGGGUUCAUCAGCAAAGCAUCAGUAG